GCGAGCAUGGUGGUUGGUAAAAUUGAAGGUGGUGUAUCCCCUUUUAUACUGAGGUUACCAGAUGUGUGUUGCCAUAGCAACUUUUCAUGUAAAUAAAGAACCUAGUACAGACUUUUUGGUAAAUAGAUGGAUAUUUUAUGGAUUUAACUGCGUUAUAUGCAAGUUUAAGUCCUACAUAUGCUGUCAUUUCUCCAUCGGGUCAUUGGAUUGCAUCUCUUUCUCGCUCUGGCCAUGUUUUGAUACGAAGCACAGAAACCCUUGAAUUGCAGCAUGUUUUUCUUUUAAACCCAGGCUUCGUGCAAAAAGCCAACUGGCUGUUUUGGAUAACCAGACGAGAUUCACCUGAAACCACACAGAUAUGCGUGGCUUCUACCGAGAAAGCGUUCGUCUUAAAUUUUCGCCAAGAAUUUUUCUAUGCAACCAUUGAUUGUACUUGGGACCAUGUGAAACGUAUCGAAUGCAGUCCCACUGGUGAAUUACUACUUUUCUCUGAGAUUCAUAAUAAAGUAACGAUAUGGGCUUUGGAAUUGAAAAAAGGAUUUGCAAUAUCUCAUCCAAAGAAUGAUAUAGAUCAAGCUGUUGCUUUUCAUCCCCAUUCCAAUCUUUGUUCAAUGCUGAUUCGGAAAUCUGGGUCGGAUUUCCUCAAUUUCUAUCAAACGUCUCUAGAUGGAUGGUAUCUUACACGAAAUUACAAAUUACCAACCAUAGAUGCUACCUCUGUCUCAUGGUCACCGAAUGGUCAGUGGCUGGUCGUCCAAGAUAUCACUUUGAACCCCAUUAUUCACUUGUUUUCGUACCCUGGCAUAUUUCUAUUUAGUUACGAGGUCGAAGAUGAUCUUCAUUUGGGAUUUUCGACAAUAGAAUGGAGCCCCGAUUCCUCUCUGUUAGCUUUAUGUAGCUUACAAAACUCUACGAUAUAUAUUUUGAAUACCCAAACAUUCAGCCCAAUAUUUCGACUGCGACAUGGGUUUCAGCAGCCUUUUGCAAUGAACUGUUGGCAAGAACUCGUUUCGUCACAAUACAAAUUAACAUACCAGCGCGCUACAUGGCCGUCUAUAAUGAAAACCCCAAAUCAACAUGAACAUUGUAAAGUUUCUUUUAAUGCCAAUAGUUCUUUUAUAGCGUCUUAUACUCUUCUGCAAAAGAAUAUUGUUUGGAUUUGGAAUGCACGAUCUCAAUGCUUGGAUACCAUACUCAUACAACAGCAGCCCAUUGAACAUCUCUCUUGGCAUCCUACUUCUCCGCAUCAUUUAAUGAUCCUAACAAAACCAGUGAAACCUAAGGCUGCUAAGGAAAUGCAGUCCCUUCAUAAUUGUUCUAUAUAUUUCUGGUCUUACGAAUGGAACGAACCCCGGAUCAUUUCGAUUCCUAAAUCAGACUUCUCUAUUCAAAAAGCUGAAUGGCUUCAUGCCGUCCAUCAACACUCACUAACGGUGCUGAUAUCUGGCAGAGAUGCUUAUAUAAUCGCAUACCUAUUGGAAAGUGAAGAGGAAAUGUCUUCUCAACUUAUUCUUUCUCAAGGAUCUCUUGACGAAGAGCUAGAGACAACGCAAACAAUCCACAUACCGGCCAACUAAUUAUCUUUUGAGGAUGGAAUUGUUUAUGUAAAUGGGCUACCAGGUAGUUCCCAAGAUUCUUCUUAAUUUUCUUGAUAUCCCAAAAACAUCCUUGUCUUGUUACAUAUUAUGAUUUCCGUUAUGAUCCCUAUACGUUCAAUGUCAUUGUCAUUACCGAUUACUCGGUUUGUUUAAACCUUUAUUGUUCCUCUUAAAUUAACACUUUUGAAGAAUUCAUUCAAUGCGAAUUAUAACGAAACAAAAACUUCCUUGUUGUUUCUUUGUUUUUUUAUAUCAAUAUGUAAACAUUUCGUCUCUAAUUAGUGUAGCCUAAGGAAGUACCCUAUUCGAAAAACUUGGACGUUCAACAAUAUAAAAUGUAUUCAGCAUUGUUCAUAAAGUUCAUUUAACAGAACGUG